GACCAAAUUAAGGAUCAAAAUUUUCAAGCAAUUUAUUCCGACAAAAAGUGGGAAGAGAAAUCACAUGACCCAGAAAUCAUGUCCAUUGUCAGUGGCAGUGAGUUUUCUGAAUUCUUACCCACUCCUCCACGGCCAAGCGACAGCCAAUCAGAUAUCUCUACGGAUGGAUAUUCCCGUGGUAGUUAUAAAUCAUUUAAAAACAAACUUGAAAGAAACGUUAAAGAAAACAGGGAGGUUGUUGUUGAAGACAGAAGUCAAUCAGAUCAACAAAAACAUAAUGAAUCAUUUAAAGAAACUUUUGAGCGUUUACGAAAUGGCGAGACGCGUGAGAGUAAUGGAAACGAAAGUAGAAAAAUCGUUUGCUCAUUUAAUAAAGAAACGAGCAAUUCAUCGUGGACUCAUAAUGACAGCGGUUUUAGAAAGAAACAUCAUGUGCCAAUAAAUGGUGUUCAAGUCCUACCACCAGAACCAGUUUUUAUUCAGUUUGAAAGUAGCGAUGAGGAGAAAGAAAAUUAAAGUUGAUUGUUUUAUUAACAAGCUUUUUUAGACUUAUAAAUGGUUCACUUUAUAUGGUGAAUUAACUAUCUAUGUAAUAACUUUCUAUCUAUUUUUCAUACAUUUGAAGGACAUUUUAAAUCCACAAAUUAUUCAUUCUCCCCCCUCCCCCCAUGGAGAACAUAAAGCAUUUUUUCAAAAAAAUGUACUUCCUACUGUUA